GAGCAGAACCCCCCUCGGUGAAAAACAGCUGUCCUGCUGUCGUUUUCUUAUAAAUUCUGUGCUGUCCUGCCGCCCGCACAUGCGCUUGGAGCUUGUCUUUGCAGCUUGUUCGAAGCUCAGCCCAACGUCUUUUUUUCCCGCCGAAGCCCCAACGGUUUGCUCAAAAUCCACGAAGCUCUGCUCUCGCCCAGGACGACCAGCCCAUGAGAAACAGCCCUCGCUUCAUCCACGAUGGGCAGACCGAGAAGGAAUGUCCGAUUUCAACAUCGGUCCGGCAAUGAAGCCUCCAGGACCCAUUCCGACACCACCGACGCAUCCGAACCCCCCAGUCCCCGCAAGGAUAGCAAUGGUGAAAAGGGGGAGAUGGCUUCACACAUAAAACAGGAACCCGCCGAGAGCCAGCUUUCGGAAUACGAGAAGAAGAAGCAGACGUUUAUAACUCGAACGAUAUGGACGUUCGUGAUGAUCGCUGGGUUCUUCAUCGCCAUGUUCUCGGGCCACAUCUACGUGAUCGCAAUCGUUACGGCUAUCCAGAUCGUAUCCUUCAAGGAGGUUAUCGCUAUCGCCAACGUGCCCAGCAAAGCGAAGAAUCUGCGCUUCACGAAAGCGCUCAAUUGGUAUUUUCUUGCGACGACUAUGUAUUUCCUGUACGGAGAGAGCGUGAUCUACUACUUUAAACACAUUCUACUCGUUGACCGAGUGCUUUUACCCCUUGCGACCCAUCAUCGAUUCCUCAGCUUUAUGCUCUAUCUAAUGGGUUUCGUCUUCUUCGUCGGUUCUCUUCAGAAGGGCCACUACAGGUUCCAGUUUACCCAGUUCGCGUGGACUCACAUGGCGCUCUUCCUGAUUGUUGUUCAAGCACAUUUUAUCAUGAACAAUAUCUUCGAGGGCAUGAUCUGGUUUUUCCUUCCCGUCUCACUCGUGAUCACAAACGACAUCUUCGCCUACGUCUGUGGCAUCACAUUUGGUCGCACGCAGCUGAUCAAAUUAUCUCCAAAGAAAACCGUCGAGGGGUUUGUUGGUGCCUGGAUCUGCACCAUCAUCUUUGGCUAUGCCAUGACAAACAUCCUCAUGAAGUACAAAUACUUCACUUGCCCCGUGAACGAUCUGGGAUCGAAUGUCCUGACAGGCCUGGAAUGCAACCUCAACCCGGUAUUCAAACCGCAGCCAUAUCAAUUACCGGGCUGGUCGCAUGUCGGCCGAACCUUCUACAUCGCUCCCAUGCAGUUCCACAUUCUCAUGUUCGCGACGUUUGCGUCUCUCAUCGCUCCCUUUGGCGGCUUCUUCGCAUCCGGCCUGAAGCGCACGUUUAAGAUCAAGGAUUUUGGCGAAUCGAUCCCCGGACAUGGCGGAAUCACCGAUCGCAUGGACUGUCAGUUCAUCAUGGGCUUCUUCUCGUAUAUGUACUAUCACAGUUUUAUCGCGGUCCACAAGGCGAGCGUUGGCGGUGUCAUUGAGGCUGCCAUUACCGGUUUGACGGUCGACGAGCAGAUUGACGUUAUGAAGGGAUUGGCCAAAUAUUUAUACAACCAGGGCGCGGUAUCUGAAACACUCCUCGAGUGUUUCAAUGGCGACUUCAAGCUCCGUAGAUGACCUUGGGUCUGUCUAGACUCUUCAAACAUUCAACACCUCUGAAGACCUUUUGUCUGAUCACGACUUGCAUUACAUCUGGCGACCCUACAAUCCUCCUCCGUGAAUAUCCUUAACUCUAUCCCUGCUGCUAAAGCAGUUUGCAUGCGUGCAUGCAUGUACUGUUGUAGCGCAUGAUACCUGUCAAUAUUUCAGUUUCAAAAAGAAAGACAAAAGAACCUAAUGUGAAUGUGCCUUUUACUUCCCUAAAGAAUUUUUAAACUUUCUCAACCUUAAUCUUGGCUUUUAUUUUUAUUUUUUUAUUUUUAUUUUUUACGCCUCUUUCUAUAGGUCAUUCACAUCAGCACUGAGGUAUUAUGGGUAACCGUUUCUUGUGUGUUCUUUUCUUCUGGAACCAUUCUCCCUUUUUCCCUCGACCGUUAUAAACUGCCCUUGAUGGCAUGCAGGGUCGAGGUUUGCAUUUCAAAAACACGCUUUGACAGGAACCAAACAUUUUUGAUAUUUGCAUAUUCCCAUACGGUAAGGUAUACGUAUGUAAUAAGUUGACAUGAUGGGCUUUUUGCGCUUCUCGCAGAUCAUAGGCAGGCUUGCUUUUAUAACUCUUCGCACUUUCAUUUUUAUAUUUUAAUUUUAUUUCCAGUUCAGCGGCGUUCCCUUUUAUUAUUUUACAAAUUUGUUCGGUGAUAGGCUUAUUGAUGAAGACAAAGCAAAGAAGAUUGAUUUAACUAAGUAAAUUUUGUUUCUUGAUAAUUGAUAAUGUAAUAUGGGUAUACAGAGUGUCACUCCUAUUGAUCAGGAAAAUUGAUGAAGUAUAGAUUUUAGAUUACGCGCACAGAUCUAUGAGUGUGUGCGAAUAACAUGAGGAUAUUUCUCGGAGAGUUUGUGUGUAUAUAGGGACUAGAUGGAAAACCCAGCCAUGGAAUGCGUACCGCCAAAGGGAGAAGCCGACCGGCAUGUUUAGUUGGCGAGCUAUUCUUUCCUCUCAUAUGCUCGUGCUUUGAGCUUCUGGUACCGAUCUUGAUUAGCGGGCUCAGCUCUUUCCUGUCCUUCGGAGGCAGACAUCGAAUCAGAACCUUGUCCGCAGCACCGUAGUUUCGACCGACAGAGCUUUUGGGCGUACACCUGGGAAAAUGCAUAUCGGCCCGACGUGCGCUUGCGCAAGUCCCUUAGCGGAUUGAGAGUGACGAUAUACCACGAGCUUCAAGGUCAUCUUGGGUGUUUCUCGGGUAAAUAGGGCUGUUAUUGCCUCAUUGUAUCUCUUCUUUCUUUUUCCUUCAUUCUUCCUCCACUUCAUACUGCUCCAUCUCCACCUUAAAAUACUGCUCCACAGUCGCGCGCUCGGCCCUCGCCUGCUCCGGGUUCAACAUAAACCGUAUCGUAGCAUCUCUACCCCUCUCCGUCGAUCGGCGAGCAGGGUCGUGCGCAGCAGUUGGUGCGAGCGGGUUGACGCGCGGGGCGUCCUUUGUCGCUGGGCCGGCAGCGUUCUUAUUGUUCUUACUAUCCCUGUCCCUUUUCGAUCCAU